UGUGAGAUCACAUUAUUUAGUAUGUAGAUUACUUGAUAAAUGAAUACAAUAUUACCAGAAUUAUAAUAUUAUAAUAUUUAAUAUUUUAUGUCAUGUAAGACUUCAGCAACUAGCUCUCUUCAUAUUUUAGUGUUGAUUAGACAUUGUUGUGUGAACAGAAAGAUAUUAUUUUAUUAAUUGUUCAAUAUAAUUCGUGACGGCCUUCGUUUCGUGAGAAUGAAAUUAUGCUGAUGAAGAGACAGUUUCAGCUGUUUAUUUAUCAGAUAUUGGCUGAUCUUUUGCUCCUGAUGUUUUUGUCUUGGAAAUGUAAACGCCCCCUGGUGGCGGCGACACGCCUCACGGACUCUGACAGAAUCAUCCAAUCAGAGAAAUGAUUUGGUUGGUUUCAUUUGACGGACAGGAACUGAAGCCAAUGGCAAUGCGCUUGCGCAGCUCGCAGCGUUGUGGGAGGGCGGGGCGAGGCCCUGCUCAGCAGCACAGCGGAAGAAAAUGGCGGCCGUGGCUGCAGAGCCAGGAGCUGCGGCGGUUCCGACAACAACAAUAACCGCGGCCACGGACGACGAGGGCCCACCAGAACCGGGCCCAGUCGGCCAAGGACCCCUGCUGGAGACCGACGAGCCGCGGGAGUACGGCCCGGCCGUGGAGCCGGUCGUCCUUCGGGUGGAGGAUGGUGGGGACGGGGAGGAGUGCCGCCAUGUCAGGCCGGAGCUGGACCCCGCGGCGGGAAAGGCGCUCUCUGAUAGCGUCGUUAACGAUGAACUGAUCAGUAACUUCCCGGUGGAUCGAAUCAGCAUGGACCGGUUCUCUCCCGGUGUACCGGGGGAUCCAGAGGGCGGCGGGAACGUGUCUGUGCAGGCGGUGUAUCGCAGCAUCCUGGCGGACCCGCAGCCCUCCGCCGUCUUUCUGCACUCCUUCCCGGCUCCCCCUGCCGUCACCGAGGCCGGGCUGUCCCUGGCGGAACCGGCGGAACCGACUACCAAUGUAACGACAGACCGGGCAGAGACUUCAGAUCGAGACAGAGGCUACACGGCUUUGAUCCAAGAGGAGCUGAGGCCUGACCCCGCGGAGGACCCUAUGUUUGACGGAACCGCGGACCGGCUGUCAGUCCCGGAUGGCCUGGAUCCGGACGCGGUUUACGUCCAAAACUCGGCGGGGACGGAGGAGCUGCCGGGCCGUGGCCUGCGGGACUCCUCCCCGCCCUGCCGGUCUCCGAAGAGGCGGCUGAUGACUGAUACCGUGAAGCAGGAAAACCCCAGCGGCGAUGAAUCUUCCCGACCAGAGUCCGGGCCUGAACCUGGUCUCGGUGCUCCGCCCCUGGCUUCUGUGCAGGAUCUCAGUCCCGGGUCCGAGGUCCGGGUCUCCCUUGACCACGUCAUAGAUGACGCACUUGUGGUGUCCUUCCGGGUGGGUGAGAAGGUGUUCUCCGGGGUGCUGAUGGAUGUUUCCAAAAGGUUUGGACCGUACGGUAUUCCCAUCACGGUGUUUCCCAGACGGGACGAUCGGUGUCGACCUCAGGUGUCUGUGCAAUCACAGCCUGUUACCAGUGAUGAUGUAUCCGCUGAAAAGGAUGAGGUCGUAGUGGGCCCUGCAUCCCCGCCCCCUCCCCAUCUCCAACCCUGGACCUCAAAACCGCCGCCGCUAUUCCAGGAGGGUGCACCAUAUCCCCCUCCUCUGUUCAUCAGGGACACCUACAACCAGGCCUUACCUCAGCCACUGCCACGCAAGAUCAAACGGCCAAAGCGGCGGUACCGCUGCGAGGAGCCGACCUCCAUUAUGAAUGCCAUCAAGCUCCGCCCCCGGCAGGUACUCUGCGACAAAUGUAAAGGGGUGGUGUCUUCAGGCGGGCACAGGGAGGCUCGACGAGGUCCGGUGGAUCUGAGGGGUGAGGAGGCGUCCCGGCGGCGACGACCAGCUGAAGGACCUAUCUCCUCAGAGGUAAAACGGCUGAGGAGUGACGACAAGGGAGGACGCGCUGCUGCAGACAGACGCUCGUCAUCGGGGAUACGUGUGUCAUCUUCAUCAUCAUCUUCUUCUCGCCGUGUCCUGAGGGGUGUGGCUUCAUCUUCAUCCUCGUCACCAUCCUCGUCCAAUCGCAUGUGUCUGAAGCUGAACUCUAAGAAGGUUCUGGCCAAAAGUUCUGCUGCUGAUCGCUCGAAAGCGCGACAGGUUCUCAAGAAGUUAGCGAGGAGUACUCAGCCACCACCGCCUCCACAUCGCCGGCCCAAAGAGCAGAACCAGAAUCAGAACCAAGGUCAGAGCCAGAACCAGGACCGCACAAAGGCUGUGACCCGGGCCGCAGCAUUGCAGAACCACAACCAGAAGGUCCACUUCACUCGCCGCCAGCACCUCAGUGGCUCCACCGUCAGCUCGAGCUCCCACACGCCCCUUCCACCCAGAGUGCGCCUCAAACCCCAAAGGUAUCGUACCGAUGACAGCCAGGUGCCCUGCUCCUCUUCCUCAUCCUCCUGCUCCUCCUCCUCCUCCCCCCCGUCAAAACAGAGUACUCGCUCAUCGCCUCCCAAAUCUGAUUUAGGCCCAACACUCACACCCACAUCUAGCACAGCCAUGCCCACUGCCCCAUCCCCUCCCCUAACCACAACUCCUCCUCCGGUCCUCAGCUCCUGUGCAGCAGGUGUUGCCGUGGAGAUGCAGGAGGUCCAGCCCUUUGAAGAGGAGGGGGCGGAGCAGGGACAGGAAGUUGCUGAUGAGCAGGUAAUGGAUCCCCCUCCCUGCUCCUCCUCCCUGGACUCCUCUCACUCAGAGUGCAGUUCCACAGAGACCUUUGACCUCCCCCCUCAAGGAGACCCGCCCUCCUCCUCCCCGCCACCCUCAGCUCCCACUCCCCCUCCCUCUUCUUCCUCCCCCACCACCCCUCCCUCCAGAGCUGAUAGCAAGGAGAUGCAGACUGGCGGUGAGGAGGAGGAGGGAGUUGAAAUGAAGAGGCGCCGUAAGUCUUCCACAUCCUCCUCCUCCUCAUCGUCUUCGUCAUCCUCCUCCGUGUUCUCCAAAUUGGUGUCCAAGUGUUUGCUCCCUGACGGUCGGAAGGUGUGUGUUGGUGACAUCGUAUGGGCGAAGAUCUAUGGCUUCCCCUGGUGGCCGGCGCGUGUGCUUGGCAUCACAGUGUCGCGGCGCGGCGACACGGGGCUGGCAGUGCGGCAGGAGGCACGUGUCUCCUGGUUUGGUUCUCCCACCACCUCCUUCCUGCCGCUAACCCAGUUGUCACCCUUCCUGGAGAGCUUCCAGUCCCGUUUUGACAGGAAGAGGAAGGGGCCGUACCGCCGCGCCAUCGCCGAGGCCGCCAGUGCUGCCAAACAGCUAACGCCUGAAGUCCGGGCACUGCUCACACAGUUCGAAACGUAGCAUCAGCUACUGCUGCCAACACCUCCCCGCCCCUCCACAUGUGCCAUGCCCCCUCCCGCUCUGCCCGCCCACUACAGGAAGUGGGACGAGCUUGUCCCUUCUCUUCCUCAGACUGAUCCCUGUCUGUCUGUCAGACUGAUGCAGACAGAUGGACGGUGUGCAUUUUUCUAUUUCUUGUUCUUCCUGUUGGAGGAGGAGCUGGAGCUUUGGAUUUACCCGUCAGUGUUCAGGGGAGCUGUGGGUGGGGCUUAUUUCUGGGGUUACAUUCUCCCGUUUUUCAUAGAGGUCCUCAUUUUCAGGCAGGUGUCAGUCAGCAGCAGCGUUUCCACUUGUCUCAGUGUCUCAGCAUUGUCUUCAUUUUCGGUCUCUUAAAGGGUAACUUACUGAGUUUACACUUAGUCAGUUUACCAGCCUGCUUAGAGAAUAACCCUGGUGAUCUCGUUGAGAUGCCAUCAGAUCAUGAUAUGGAGGUGUGGUUUAAGGACGUGGCUCUGUGAAUCAGGAGGCUUUAGUGAAAGACACUGUCCAGAUGUACUAUGGGAAAUGUAGGCUCCAGUCACGCUGCCCUGAAAAUUCAGCCUAAUGAUUGGCUGACAGAGCUGGCUGGGUCAAAUGAUGAGACAACUGAAUCACGAUAAUGUCACACACGUGUAUGAGUGAGAAUGACUCCGUAAUGUAAACACUAAUUAAGUAGAGCUAAGAUAAGAGUUGCUAAGGUAGGUUCAGCUGCACUGAAUGCACGUGUUGAUGUUUCGAUUGAUCGAAAGGUCAGACGUCUCGUUUUAGUAAGAUUUUCUCUCCUGAAACAGAUUUUAAUUGCAUUGUAAGUUCACAUUCGAUGCUGUCCGGCAUGUUUGCCGCUCGUCAGUCUGGUGGGCGCCAUAGUGUGAAACGCUGUGAUAUGCUGACGUGUCACUUCCUGUUGUGUUGGUUGUCACGGUUCUGCUGAGGAACACCCACAGACUGAAAACAUUUAUUUUAUACUAUCUUUCUAAAUGAUUAAAACUGUGAAACACAAAGUUGUCCAAACUGAGGCCAGGGGGCCCAAACAGGGUUCCGAGCUGAGUCAGGGUGGCCCUCACUUCCUUAUCACGCACUCAUCUUUGUUCUGACUGACACAAACAUAACAAAAAGUAUUUUCUCACGUUCUUUGAUUGGUUCAUAACGUCAGACCCCGCUGAUCGGAGUACCGUUGCCAUGGCAACAGUGUUCCUACUGAAACAAUACAAAUGAAAAUGAAACUAAAGCGAGUCCCGUAACUGAUCAGCUGACAUCUCACUCGUCCUGUUUGAGACCCCGGAGCCUCGGUUUAUCAACAUUAGACUGACAGACGGACAGGUAGGACACACUGACUGUUAGACAGGACAGCUGCUCUGUUCUCAUGAUGAUGAUGUUGAAGAUGAAGGUGGAUUUUCCCUCUCUGUUGUUUGUAGUUUCAGCUGUCAGACUCUUUUUACCGUCUGUUUGCAGAUCAGAGAUCUUGAACUAAAAACUGUUGGGACAAAGUAACAGAAACACGGACAAAAAUAAAAGAGAAACCAUCUGAGAGUCGAUCUGUGUACUUGUUUUUUUCUGAUGUUUUAAAUCUAUUAAAAACUGUCAAACUUC